AUGGCAGAAGUUGCAACUUCAGUUUCGAUACCUGUAAAGAAUGACACUGAUGGCAAUUUUGAAUUCGUUAGAGAAUUGGAAGUUGAAAGUUGUGACAAAGAUCUUAAAAUCCAUCAAUAUACGGUGGGUGAUGUAGGAUGUGUCGUUUGGGAUGCAGGUAUUGCCUUAGCGAAAUAUUUAGAUCACAGUAAUAAUGCUAAUAAUUCUUUCGUCAGUAAAACUGUUAUUGACAUCGGCUCAGGUACUGGAGUUGUUGGGCUAUUUGCUGCUGCUUUAGGUGCAGAUGUUUUGUUGACAGACUUACCAGAAUUUAUACCUCUAAUACAAAAAAAUAUUGAAUCCAAUCAAGAUAUUCUAAAAGGCUCAGCUUCUGCAUCUGUUCUUGUGUGGGGAGAAGAUGUUGAUAAAUAUCCAACACCUGAUAUUAUUCUUGUAUCUGACUGCAUCUAUUAUGAUAAGUCUGUAGAAUGUCUUGUACCAACUUUAGUAAAUCUUGCAAGUAAUAAGACAGAAGUAUUGAUUUCAUAUGAAGAUAGAAUAAUUGGGAACAAAAAGGAACUGCUGAAACAAUUUUUAGAGGAACUAAAGAAAUCUUUUCAAAUUCAAAUAAUCCAUCCAUCUGAACAACAUCCUCAUUUCCAAAGUCCUGAUAUCCAUUUGUUGAAAUGUAAACUGAAAAAUGCACAUGGAAAUUGCUAAUGAUUGCAAAGUUGAUCACAUCAAACAGUGGGAUGCGUAUUAACACUCUCAAUCACAUUAGUUGAACUUGCAUUUUUAUACAAAAGUUAAAUUUCAUUAAAAGUGAAGCUGAGAAGGUUAUGGACGAAUUGAAAGGAAAACUAGUUUCUUUUUCCUUAACUAAAUGAGCUUAAACUUCAGGAAAUUAAUUUAAUAUGUUCCAUGCUCAUUGAAUAAUUAUAAGAAUUAUUCUAUUUGAAUUUGUGUGACAUAGAAUGAAAUCAGUUCAUUGUGAAAUUUGAAAUGUGAUGAUAUCAUAAAUUGUGAUAAAGAUUAGUAUAGCUUAAUUUACAAAAUGCAAACAAUCCUUUGUUAGAAGAAUGUAAGAACCCUUUGAUUUUCAAUUUACUUGAAAAUGUGUUGAAAAAUUCCAAAAAAUCAAAGAUGGCAGUAGAUUAAUCUGUAGAUAAAAUAUAUUUUAAAAUAAUUUUUAGUACCUAUAUUAAUUUGAUAUUAAUUUGUGCCAUAAUUGUCAUAGAAUAAACAUUACUGCUGUGUACAUUAUUUUUUUUAGGUUUAAAAAAAAUUAUCUGGCUUUCUUUCAUAUUUUUUGUUGCAACUUAAACUUUUUGCCCCCUUUUGCUUACAUUUGAUUGAAACAACAAAUACUGUGGAUUUUUUGGUCGAACACAAAAAUAUACAUAAUAUAAUUACAGUACAAAAAAUACUUUUGUAAGCAAAACAUUUAUCUGCAUGUACUAUCAGAUGUUUUAAAGUAGAGUAACGUAUGUUUUUAAACUUCAUAUUGUAACUAUUUUUAAGACUAUUAUCUAAUACUUGCACUACACUGCAAAUUAUUUUCUAAGUUACUCCUUCGAAAAGUGGCACACAAGAAUGGAUUCUGAUCAGAUUGCUGAAUAUUCAGAAAGCGGUGAUUUACAAAGUCUAAAGCUGUACCCAGAUUUGCACAAGCAUGCAGAACAAGUGACUGCAUUUACAUGACUUUUGUACCACUCCUGCUCUGAAUCUGUUUUUCAACACUAGAUUCUAAUCUAAAUACAGUUUGACAGCGAUGAAAUAUCAUUGCAACUUUCGUAUAAGCUAGUAAUUUCAUUGAACAUUUUACUAUAUUUUUCUACUUUUUGACUGAAACAUUUCUAUGGUAGUUUUGAAACUUUUACUGUAUGUUAACACAAAUGCCAAUAUGUUUUGUACACUUUACAUAAGUAAUAACACUCCAAAGUUUAGAAGAAAUCAAAAAUGAAAAUUCAUGUUAUUUAUUCGAUUUGCAUUAAAUAGGAAUUAACUGCUGUGAGAAGAAAAGAGCAUAUUUCUUGGAAGCCUUAAAUGAUUGAGUGCCUUACGUACAAUUUGCAUGUGCCAUUUUAGUGUGUCCAGAGCAUCCAAAAAGAAGUGAUACAUCAUAAAAUCUAAGGUAGUAAUCCAACAUUUGCACAUUGAAACACUAAGAUUAAAGAAACUUUAAUGAUGAAUUCAAUUCGUUUCUUUGCCUUUUAAAGUGAUGUCUAUACUGCCAUGCUAAGCACAAAUUUCAUAUCUGCAGAUGAGUACAAAAUGAGAAAUUGCCUUUUUAAGUUUUACACUUCAUGUACUUGAUUCAGAUGCCACUUUUCAGAAUUUUUAGAAACAUUUUUCCCAUUCACAAAUGAUUACAAAGCAUUGUAUUUAGGUAAAUUGUUUCAAAACACCAACUAGUGCCCAUAACUAAUUUUGAUAAAAAGGGCAGAUAUGACUUUUGUUCUUAGUAUGGUAGUAUAAUAAAAGGACAAGUUAUUUUAAAGUAUUAGUAAAUAUAAAUUGCUUUUUAUUUUUUAAACAUGACACUCAGGAGUGAUUCUGUGUAAUUUAAAGUAUUCUGAAAGAACAGAGAAGACCAAUUAACGAAAAAAAAAUAGGGAUACAAGGCAGAACAAAUUUGUGUAUGUUCUACUAAUAUUUUAAUAGUUAUUGAACUAUAAUAUUUUAAAGAAAAUUUUCAGAUAUGCAAUUAAUUUGGUAUAAGUCUUCGUAAAAAGUCUUUUUGACCUUAACUAAAACUUUUAGAAAUCACAUUUUGUGUCAAAUUCAUUUUAAUAUGAAACAAAUUAAAUUUGAUGUAAGGAAUAAUUCAUUAAGUAUAACAAAAUUUGUAAUA